UCGGAGACCCGGCGCUUCCGUCGCCUGGGUGAGGCGGCGCUCCGAGUCCGGAGUCGCGGGUGGGCGUCGUGGACACGGCCCGAAGCGAAGCGAAGCGGGAAGCGAAGCGAGGUUUGACACGGUUGUGUUGCUGAAGAUGAACGGUUGAAUUCCGUCUCUAGCCCAAAGCGCUUGGCCUGUUUUUUAAAGAUGGCCACUCUGCCAGGCCCCUCUGUCGCUGGGGCUCCCCCGUCGCAGCUGGACCCCAGCGUGGCCGUGUGGGAGUGGCAGGAUGAAUUCGGCCACUGGAGACCCUACCGGAGCAGCGUCUGCAGCUACAUCGAGCAGUCUUUCCAGACCCUCACGACAAAGGGGCGUCGGUCGCUGGGCGCCUUGCCCGGCAACGGGAGCAUCCCUUUGGGACAGGCUGAUUCUGCCCUUGCCCCGUACAUCAUCGAUAUCCCAAGCUUAAUGCAGUUCCGCCAAGACACAGGGUGCCUGCGGGCUGUGCGCCGGCUUGUCUUCCCCCUGGAUUCAGCCGCCGGGCAGGGGGUCAUCUGGGAAUGGCGCAACGACGAGGCGGGGUGGUUCCCGUACGAGAUGAACAUCUGCAUCUACUUGGAGAAAACCUUUGCCUGCAACAGCCCCCAGGCCGAUCUCGGCCCCUUUGGCUACAACUACACCAUCGACUUUGCAUCCUACACCCAAACCAACAAGACCACCGGCUACCAGCGGCGGAUCCGGAGGCGCGUGGACUCCCCGCACCCUGUGGCCGCGGUCGUGGGCCCGCUUCACGCCGGACCCACCUGUUCAUGCCAACAGUGUUUGUUGAAUAACGGGACUGGGCCCAUAACCUCGCGGUAUCGGCACUCCAUGGUCAGCCUCCCGGGCCCCUCGGCUGGGACAGUCCCUAGAUCUUUUCCUGGCAUCCAGGGGGCCAACCGGACAGCUGGACUCGGUUCUUCCUUCGUCGGCUUUGUGCCUUAUAACAAGCCAGCCCUGUCUGGAGCGAGGUCGAUGCCGCGGCUGAAUGUCCAGAGUUUAGGGGCUGCAUUGCAGUCGGCAACCGUCGGUGGAGCCAGUUCACCCCACGUCGCAUUAAAAGGAAUCAGACCGGUGAGGAUGACGCGGCCCAGCCGAGUGAGCCAGGCUCUGGCAGGCAUGAUGGCCUUUCUGAUGUCAGUCCCGGGAUGUCCCGUGCACCUCACCCCGGUGCCUCCGCCCGGCCGAGCCCAUAGACCCUCUAAAAAGCCCCGCCGCUCAGCCAAGGAGGGCAGGAGGGUCUGCACCAAAGCUGGCACCGGCGGCCCCGAAGAGGUGGUGAAGCAGUACUUGGAAGAGCUAAAGGCGCCCCCAACAGAUGAGGACUGCAUCAUCUGCAUGGAGAAGCUGGGCGCCCCUUCGGGCUACAGCGACGCGUGCGAGAGCAAGACACUCAUGCCCGAGAGCGUGGGGAGGCUCUCCAAGUGCGGCCACGCCUUUCAUGCCCUCUGCAUGCUGGCCAUGUACACCAGCGGCAACAAGGACGGGAGUCUUCAGUGUCCGUCGUGCAAGACCAUCUACGGGGAGAAGACGGGCACGCAGCCCAGCGGCCGGAUGGACGUCUCCGUCCUCCCAGACUCCAUCCCCGGGCACGAGGACUGCCGGUCCAUCCAGAUUGCAUACUAUAUCAACAAGGGCAUUCAGGGUCCAGAACACCCGAGCCCAGGUCAGCCGUACACGGCAAGGGGCUUCCCACGCUACUGUUACCUCCCGGAUAACGAGAAAGGAAGAAAGGUGCUGGAGCUCCUCCGAGUGGCCUGGAAGAGACGCUUGAUCUUCACCGUGGGCACCUCCAGCACCACCGGCGAGAGCGACACCGUGGUGUGGAACGAGAUCCACCACAAGACGGAGAUGAACUCCAACGUCUCUGGCCACGGCUACCCGGACCCCAACUACCUGGACAAUGUGCUGGCCGAGCUGGCCGCCCAGGGGGUCACGGAGGACUGCUUGAGAGCCUGACCCCGCCGGCGAUCAGGUGGCGCUGGCGUGGACUUUGGGUGCCUCGCGGGAGGGCCGCCGUGGCCUGUCCCUGUUGCCUUAAAUUUGCUUGCUGUCUUUCCUUGUCAGCAAUAACACUUGUUUCUGGGAACCUCCAGCCCGGUUUGGGGGGCGUGGGGGGUGAGGUUUAUUUACAAUGUGUUGCAUCCUCUUAAGGGCUCGUGGGGCUGAGCCAGCUCGAAGGUGCGCAGCGGAACCAUCUCUGUCCCAUAAGAGAAAAGCGUAGAAGGGCUGUGAGUUAACGUACAUCUUGUCUCCUUGGCACAGUUGCCGAUGCUGUGGGCAGGUUGGUGACGUUCCCAACAUCCAGGAGAUGGAGGAGUGUGUUUGUUGCCUGGUUUGCCCCUUAACGACCAGCGAUUCCUGCACUCGGCACUCCAAGGUCCUUGGAACAUACCCUCUUCAAGGCUCUGCCCAGGGAUCCCAGGAAUUUUGGCCCACGAAUAUCUAAAGCCCCAACUUUGGGGUUCCUUUUCUUAAAUCCUCUGUUCUGUUCUUUCUUUCUGGAAGCCAGUUGGCGCUCCUUUUAGUUGUUGUUUUUAAGGGUAAACCUCCUGCUCCCUUCAAGCAAUGGAUUUUUCUAUUCCUCCUGUGCUGUGAAUUUCAUGGAUCUUAAGAAGCAAGCGGUUGCAAUCGGAAGAUAUUUGUGAUCUGCUGAGUUGCACUCAAGCCAUUCUGCAGGGACUGGCUGUUGUUAGCACUUUCCCCAGCCUUUUUAGCCUGUACCUCAUAAUUCCAGGCUUUCUGGUUCUUUGCGGGUUUUAGGGAAGGGAGCGCCAGAAGAGGCCUCCGGCUAGAUCAAGACUCAGGGUGUGGCUCUGUCUUUCUGACAUCCGCGUUCCGCGUCUCCCACCGGCUGCCUGCAGGCGGAAGCCAUCAGCAGGGUGGGUGGUGGGGCCCAAACUGAGCAAUCAAAAAAAAAAAAUCAAAAUCCUGCACCAGUAGAGCCGGGAUUCUGCGACCGGUGUAAAGCUCUGCACUUUCGCAGAGCGUAAAGCUCUGCAAAAAAGUCAUAUUAUUUUCUGAGUUGGAGUGAGAAACAGAAAGCGAUAAAGGCUCCACGGGCGAUCUUAUUCAGUGACCAUCCUCUAGGAAGCCGUGGCCGGGGAGACCAGCCUCUCUUUGCAUCCUAGCAUCUGGGGAGAGUCCUCAGUCCGGAAGCAGUAUAAUUCGGGGGAAAGACAACAUUUAACAAGCCGGGAAGUUCAGGGACCCAAUUUCACCAUAAUGCCCCCCCUUCCUUCCACCCUCUACCCCCUCUCCUCCCUGUUUUCCUAGGGAUUUCCAAGCCUCUUGUUGUGAGAGACCUUCCCGUAGUAUUAUUCUGUGGAUUCACCUUUUGAAUUUGAAUAAAGAUGUCAAGUUUUAAACCCUUGA